GAUGGUGAGGAGACGUGUGAGGGUAUCAUAUUUGUGAUUUGACUAAACCGUGCGUUUGAAGUGCAUUAAAACUCAGUGCAAGUAUUUGGAUUGUGGAAUCGUUUCUAGUCCACAGCAUGAUCUGCUUUCUCUCUUUGAGUCACUUUUUAUUCCGAUACUGAAAGUAGCCAUACAGUCUUGUAUCCUUUUCUGUCUCUUUGUUUCCCCUUUCGAAAAUUGGCUUUACUUUUAUUUCUCUUCAGUGCUUUUGCACAUUAGUUGUUAACAUGUACCUGUAAUCUGUCAUAUGAAGUAGACUAUGUAAGGAUCCCAAAGUGUUAGAUUCGUCUUAUAUACACUCCUGGGCAAAAAAAAAAAAAAAAAAAGGGCCAAACCCAAAUGGCCAAAUAUUAAACUUUUAAUGCUCUUAACAACAAAUCAGUGCUCAGGAAAUUAGCAAGUAUCAAACAAAUAGAUAAAGUAACUUAGUAUGUGAGAGCUUUUCCCUUUGAUUUUUUUUAAAUGUUUAAGCCUUGUGGGUAAACCUGUGGACAGCUUUUUACAGAAGGAAGACUCAAUGUUGUUCCAUUCAAUGUUGAUGGCUUCAGACAGUUGAUGUGAAUUGAAAAAUGUUUCCCGGUUAGUUUGUGUUUAAUGUGAGAGCAAAUAUCCUCUCUAGAGUUCAAAUCUGGACUCUGACCAGGCCAAAACAUGAGCCUAAUGGACUUGUUCUCAAGAUCACUUUUAGGUGGUCUUUGCAUUGUCUUGUCUGUUCAUUCCUCUUUAGAAAACAACUUUUCAGUUAUGGGAAGCAAGUCUUUCUGCAAUAUUUUCUUGUAUUCCACAGCAUUAAUUGACUUUUCACAGUGAAGCAGCUCACCAGUACCAGCAGCUGAAAAAGCUCCCCACUCCCUGAUAGCUCUUCCUCCAUCGUUUAACUGUGAUAGAGAUGCAUUCACUAUUGUAUUUCCCAUGACAUGUUCGAAGACACUUCUCUGGAGCGUCACAAUGCAACUCAAAUCAUGAUUCAUCACUCCAGACAACUCUGCUGAACCACUCUCAAUCAAACUUUCCAUAUUCUGCCAAAAACUUCAUUCUGUCUUUGAUGUUUUUCUGAGACAGCUAUGGCUUUUUAACACAUCUAGACACACAACCUGCAUUAGAUAACCAUUAGACAGCCAUUCUGGGCUUGGCCCUUUUUUUUCCCAGUAGUGUAUACCACAGCAAUUUGCCCACAAUUACAAUUUCUAAUUUACUACUCAGUGGGACAUUGUACUUUUUAUCCACUUAUAGUUACGUAUAAUGUUAUGUAACAAGUUCUUGUAUCACUUACAUUAUAGCAGCUAGUCUUUCCUUCACAUCUCUAUAGCAUCUCUCUUUUCUCUCUUGCAGUCAAUAAGAUGAAAAUGCAGCUUGUCAUGAAGACUCUCCUGUGGUGGAAAACUUACUGUUACAAAGCACUAACAGUGGAGACUCCUUCAAUAAAGAUUAAAUAAACAGCUCCUUACCGAAAGCUUUGCAAUAUAUACAAUUAUACAUUUUUCUUUGUUCAGUAACAACACGUUUUUUUGUUGUUGUUGCUGUUGUUUAUUAGUCUUAGAUCAUGUGGAGUGUCUGCCAUGAGAAAUGCCUAUGAAUUAGCUGUUACUAUAGAAACAACUUCAUUGAUUUAAUGAUUUGCAUUACAGCCAGCUCUAGUGCCUGAGCUGCUAUUAUAGAAAAUUAAUCAACACCUUCUUACGAAUCAGAUUCAAAAAUUCAGUAGCACUGUGGAAUAAAAUCUCUAAUAAUCAUGACAUUCGGUGUUACAGCUUAUGCUUGUACUUCUCCAUCCUUAUUCUCUAUCAUAAGCAGGAUUUAGAAAGAUUCACUGUGGAGAACAUCCGUACUGCUAUUAUCUCCCUGUCCUGCUACUUGAGAAAGCUCUCAUCACUCUCAUCAUAGCUUGAUGAGCUGAGGAUAAGAGUUUGUGUUGCAUCAAUCAUUAGAGAUGAAGGUUUAUAAUCCUUUGCAAACACAAAAGGAAUUGAAAGAGUGUCCAGUAUGAUCAUAAACUGUGUCUGAAAUGAAAAGAUGGUUUAUAGAUCCUGCAGAGAGUGUACAUAAUCGUCACAGAAGCAAUCAAGUGGCAGACAGGCGCUCUUUUGGAAAAGCGCCACUCCUGUGCAAUCAGCACACUUCAAAGAGACGAGGGCCUGGCUGAAUUACAAUGAGCUCCAUCGUACAAAAGGACUGUCGUCCCUUUGGCAUGGCACACUUAGAAACCUUUUGCUCAUCGACUGAUGUGCUUAGCAGUGCUCAUGAGGAGAUGAAGUAAAAGAGAAAACUGGAUUUGGCCUCAUUCUGACAUUGCAGUUUUAUACAAGAUGGACUGAGAUGUGAUUGGGGGAUUGAGAGAGGUGUGUGAUAUCUGAAGUGCAGUAUGGUAAUGCCUCUCCUCUCUACCUACCCACUCUAGUCUACACCAUUCUCUGUCUUCUUCCAUCCUGGUUUGAUUUACAGAUUGUUCUGGUUAUUACUGACAGAUCUCUGCAAGAAAUGCAACAUGCUCGACAUCAACUUGACAGAGAAAACACUUGCAGUGAGAUCAAUUCUACGACGUACGGAUUACUCAAAGAAUAUUUCUGGGAUAUUUGAAGUUUUGAUAUUACUGUUUCAUUUCUGAUCAGCAAGACUUUGACAGAUCACAAGGACAGCAUGACAGGCCAAGUGCUCGAGGAGAGUGCAGAUUUGAAAGCCCACAGGCUCUCAGUGAAGACCUCAAUGGAGGACGAUUCAGAGAGAGCAGACAGCACACUGAGUCGCGGCCAUUCUAUAUGUGAUGACACUUCAUCGGAGUUACAACGGAUGGCCACGCUGGAGCCAUGUGGCCCAAACUCUCGAAACUCCUUCCGUGGAAGAGGAGCCCUGUCGAGGUUGGUGAGUAUGGUGGUGACACUCCGAGAAUGGGCCCAUAAGAGUCUUCAGGAAGAGGAAGAAAGGCCAGACUCUUUUCUGGAGCGUUUCCGGGGGCCUGAGCUUCGCAUCACGCACAGCCGCAUCAGCAGCAAUCAUCCUGAUCCGCAAGACCCCAGCGUCAAAACCAAGAAGAAGCCAGACGUGUUUAUUCUUGCACCAGCAGAUGACAUGUACUACCACUGGCUGUUUGUCAUCGCCACAGCUGUACUCUACAACUGGUGCCUCCUGGUGGCAAGGGCCUGCUUUGAUGAACUUCAAACCAACAGCUACAUUCUGUGGCUGGUUUUGGAUUACCUCUCUGAUCUGGUCUACAUACUGGACACCUGUGUGAGGCUGAGAACAGGUUUCCUGGAGCAGGGUCUUCUAGUGAAGGACCUCAAAAAGUUAAGAGAAAGUUACAUCAACACCCUCCAGUUUAAGCUAGACCUGUUGUCCAUCCUGCCCACAGAUCUGGCCUAUAUUGCCACUGGUAUCCAUGUGCCUGAGCUACGCUUCAAUCGCCUGAUGCGCUUUUCUCGCAUGUUUGAGUUCUUUGACCGUACUGAGACUCGCACCAGUUACCCAAACAUGUUUCGCAUCGGCAACCUGGUGCUCUACAUCUUGGUCAUCAUCCAUUGGAACGCCUGCAUCUACUUUGCCAUCUCCAAGUCUCUUGGCUUCGGGUCAGACCAGUGGGUCUAUCCCAACAUCUCACAUCCGGAGUUUGGCACCCUGACCAGAGGUUACAUCUACUGCCUCUACUGGUCCACACUGACACUCACUACCAUUGGGGAAAUGCCUGCACCGGAACGUGAUGAAGAAUACGUCUUUGUGAUUUUUGACUUCCUAGUAGGUGUCCUCAUCUUUGCCACCAUUGUAGGCAAUGUAGGAUCCAUGAUAUCCAAUAUAAAUGCCACACGUGCCGAGUUCCAAGCCCGCAUAGACGCCAUCAAGCACUAUAUGAAGUUCCGCAAGGUUAGCAAAGAGCUGGAGGCUCGGGUCAUUAAAUGGUUUGAUUACCUUUGGACCAACAAGAAGACGAUUGAUGAGCAAGAAGUGCUCAAAAACCUUCCCAACAAACUGCGGGCUGAGAUCGCAAUCAAUGUGCAUCUGGAAACACUCAAGAAGGUGCGCAUCUUUCAGGACUGUGAAGCAGGCCUGCUAGUGGAGCUUGUCCUAAAGUUGCGUCCUCAAGUCUUUAGCCCGGGUGACUACAUUUGUCGUAAGGGCGACAUUGGUAAAGAGAUGUACAUCAUCAAGGAAGGACGGUUAGCAGUGGUAGCUGAUGAUGGGGUGACUCAGUAUGCCCUCUUGACAUCCGGCAGCUGCUUUGGGGAGAUCAGCAUUCUCAACAUCAAGGGCAGCAAAAUGGGGAACCGUCGCACAGCCAACAUCCGCAGCAUCGGCUACUCGGACCUCUUCUGUCUAUCCAAGGACGACCUGAUGGAAGCUGUGAUGGAAUACCCUGAUGCCAAGAAGGUGUUGGAAGAGAGGGGCCGGGAGAUCCUCCGGAAGGAGGGCCUGCUUGAGGAGCUGGGACAUGGGGGGCUUACAAGUGAACAGAUGGAGGAGAAAGUGGAGCAGCUUGAGGCCUCAUUGGACACUCUGCAGACCCGCUUCGCCCGGCUGCUGGGGGAGUACACAGCCUCUCAGCAGAGGCUCAAACAGAGGCUCACUGCACUGGAGUGCAGGCUGCAGUGCUCAGGCAGUGGAUAUCUGUCCGAUGGCAACGAGAGCACUACUGAUGGCGACGGCACUCACAGUGAGGUGAACAUUCAGCUGUGACCACAACUGUUUCUCAAUGACUUCAAUGGCACUCCCAAAAAAAUGAAGCCAUAGUGAAAACAUAGAAAGAUUGUAUAUAUGUAAAAAUGCUGGUAUUUUAAAUGUUAGUAAUAGUAAUCAUUUUAGUCCAAAUAUUUUCCUGUUUUAUAUAUAUAGUAUAUAUUACAUGUUGUGGGCUAGAAUUCUUCAUCGAUUUGUUUAAGCGGCAGUUUUUUAAAUGUAUACUUAUUUACCUGUGAGCAAUUCACCAGCUUUUGUAGGUUGCAUAAACAACAUAAUACAAAUGACAGAUAUGACUGUAGAUUUCAAUUCAUUUUCAAUUUCAUUUUAUAUGAAUCUUUAUACAAUUCUGUACGUAUCAUAGUUUUAAUGUGUUAUCAUUUAAAUGUACUUCUCUAGAGCAUCAGUUACUCUUGAAAAUGAGCUGUAAAAUAUAUUCUUGAACAUAUUUCCUUGUAUAUUAUUUACAUUUUGCUGAUGCUCUGAAAAUUGUUUUGUAUGUUUGCUCUAUAUGUAUAAAAUGAUCCUUUGGAGCAUUCUUUAGGCUGAGGUACUAUUUGAGGUUAUGCCUGGGAUGUCUCUUAAUAUUUAAUAUUUAUAUUUUAUACAACAUGCUCUAGUUGUCAAUUCUCAAGUCUCUGUCUAAAAUGAGUGCUUUAAAGAUGAAGUAUAAAAUAUCGGCGGAAACAUUUGUGCACAUAACAACUACCUGACUAAGAACAGAACAAUGUUAAAGUAUGAACUUUUGAUGUGUUGUAUGAGAAUGAGUUAGUUCUCUGACUCAGCUCUUCGAGGGGAGUUACUUUUGCCAUGGAAAAAUCAAAAUGCUUCCCUGGAAACCAUCCGUGCUGUUCAUUAACGUGAAUGGUGAGUGGGGUGUUUGACUCUCAGCUGUAUAAAUGUACUCAAGUUGAUUAGGGGAGUGAUAAUCAGGAUAAGUGGAAAUGAAUCUUCUUAAUGAAGCACAGACAGCAGACACAGA